CUCGAUUAGGGCCCAAGCAAGCCAGGAAGGAGGAGGCAGCCAGAGUGGCCACCACUGUUAUCUGCAGCAGAAGACCACUUGCUGCCCUGCCCAACCCAGCCCAGCAUUUGCCAGACAGCACAGACCUCUGAAAACAGUACUGACUGUCUCAACACUGCUGAGAAAUGAAAUAAGACACAAAUGUUUUCUAGUUGGAAGAAAAGAUGGACAUCUGACUGGUAUCAAAGGAAAAAUGGGUGAAGACGGGCAGGUGAGGGAGCAACAAUGCACUGUGAGUGGAUACUCCUGUCACUGUGUUCCUGUUUGCACUCUGCACCCUGUGCCAGCCAAUCCUUUCACAUUCCACCUACACCCGCCCUUCCUCGCUGGCUCUUGCCAACACCCGGUCCAGCUUCCGAGCACUGUGCUGUCCCUCGAUUUUUAUUCUAUAGCAAAGAAAAGGGACAAAAUAGGAAUCUCAAGGUGGAAGAACCCCCUACUGCACAACUCUCAAGGAGAAGAGAUUCUUUCAUUGUCCAUUCCCUUGGACCACUCCAAAAAGUACUUAUUGUGAAACCCUGAGAGUGGCAAAAAUACAAGGAAGUGGAAAGGCUCUGGUCCAGAUGGGGUCCAACAAAGAGACCCAAGGAAUCACCGAGAUCAAAGUUGUUGUUGUAGGAGAUGGAGGCUGUGGAAAGACAUCCCUGCUCAUGGUCUUUGCAAAAGGAGAAUUCCCCAAGGUCUACAUCCCAACUGUAUUUGAGAAGUAUUCUGCUCCCUUUCACAUCAGUGGCAAACACGUGCAAAUCAAUCUCUGGGAUACAGCAGGACAGGAAGAUUAUGACCGGCUUCGCCCCCUCUCCUAUAGUGGGGCUCAUGCAAUUCUCAUGUGCUAUGAUGUCACUAACCCCCCCAGCUUUGACAACAUUCUUACAAAGUGGUACCCUGAAGCACGUCAUUUUUGCAGAGGUGUUCCAAUUCUGCUGGUUGGUUGCAAGACAGACCUACGAAAGGACAAGGUUCUGCUAAGGAAGCUCCAUCGGGACCAAAUGGAGCCCAUUACAUACCAAAAGGGAGAGACUUUGGCUCGAAAUCUCCAUGCAGUUGCCUACCUCGAGUGCUCAGCCCGUUUCCAAGAAAAUAUCACUGACAUCUUCAUAGAGGCCUCCAGAGCAGCCUUGAGUGUUAUGAAGAAGAACCAGCAAAGACGUAAGCCCAGGAGGACUUGCCUGCUUUCCUAAUCAUGAGCAUUCUCUUCUCAUGGAGAAGCAUUACUGAAGCUUCUUACUGUGCUCCACUUGGUGGUGUGAAAUCUCUUUGAGAAAUGAAGACAGGGAGACACCUCCCAAACUGAAGUAGGUCACCAUGACAUCAGAUCGGUGGCACGGACAAAAAAAGAGGCAUUUUGGGUUGAUAAUUAUAUUUCCUUGGACUCUUCUUGCAACAACGUCCUUGCUAUGGAGACAAAUGAUCAGAAGCACUUGGGCAGUAUCAUUCCAGACCUCAAAAACAGGUUGUCUGCUAUUUAGUAUAUGAUACUUUGCUAAAUAUUGACUUGGAAGAGUGCCUGGCUCAGAAAAAAUGUCACCACUUUGAAGAGCACUUUGCACGCAUGAUUGAAGUGCAGGAGAGGUGUUUUGUUUCCUGAGAGGUAUGUCUUAUGCUCUCCACUUAGCACUUCUAUAGCAACACAACCAAGAAGACCUGGGUUCAGAGCUCAACUAUGCCACAAAGCUCACUGGGUAUCAGGGGUAUGCAGGGAUUCUCAAUAUUGGGUCUCCAGAUGUUAUUGGACUUCAACUCCCAUAAUCCCCAGCCCCAUUAGCCUUUGUUUGGGGGUUAUGGGAGUUGAAGUCGAAAAACAUCUGGGGACCCAACACUGAGAAUCCAAACCACGUUACCUCUGUUUCUUUAUGCCCCCCACUCCCCAUCUAUGUGUGCAAUGAGUUUUGUUCUGGGCAGUAGUAUCAAGGCAGUGUGCGCGUAAAUGCAUUCGGAGUACAGCCUUCCUGAUUGAGCCUGAGUGAGAUCUAAAAUUAACUGAGUGGGCAUUAAAAAAAACUUGUGAGUAUGCGCACAUGUGCAUGCCUUAGAGGGAACAGUGGUAGUAAGGUUGAAGAGCACCCUGGGCUAAGAACUAAAGAUGGGCCCCGGCAUGCCCCGGGCAGAGAAGCAUGCCUUCUUCUCCCUCCCCCCAUGUCUUUGCUGCAGAAGAAGUAUAUUGACAUGGUGAAAAACAAAACAUUUUUGGCAUGCUCUUUUUCUUGCCCCUGUGCAAAUAAUCUCACGCACUCCCUACACUCUGAUCAGCAGCCAGCAGCUUACCAAUGAGUCAGGGAGGUGGAAGGUGAGUCUGUUUCCCAGCCAGCAGACCCUCCUCCCUCAUGGUCCCAAGGACAUCCCCCCCCCCCGCUUUUGUUCAGUUAUAGCUACACCCCUGCUGCUGGGUGGCCUCAGGCAACUCACAGUCUCUCACCCUAACUGAAGGGUGGGUCAAAGGUAGAUUGAGAUCUGUUGGUAGAUGUCUGGGUGGUUGUUGUAGAUGUAGAUUGGCAAGGAUUUCUGAUUUUAACAAUAGCAACAACCAAAAGGCUUCUCCCCCACCCAGACUGGACUGCUGAAAGCUGGGUGGGGGGCAGGAGUGGCUUUUUGAAAGGACUGUGGGCUACUGUACACAAAUUCCUGAGCUGAGCAUGUACUCAGGCAAGGACAUAACCAUAACUGGAUGGGCAUAUUUGGAGAUCUUCUCGGGUCACUUGGGUAAUAUCUAUGAUGUUAAAAAAACAAACACGGCAAGGGCAAUGUUCAUUUAUUGAACACAGGACCCUUCUGACCUUGCUAUGCCACUGCUCAGAGGCAUCCUGUUCCUUAAUUCUGUGUAUAUCUAUUCCUCCAUGCCAUUAUUUUGUAUACCUUCAGUUGAUGUACCUGGGGCUUCUAUCAAAAAUAAAAUAAGAUUCCCUCAUGUCCUAGUAAGAAACAAAGUAGACCCUGCAAGUUUGAAGUUUGGCUUAUGUUGUAGGAUGUUUUUGAAGGUGAAAUGGGUCCAUAUAGUUCACAUUGAGCUCUUUGGAGGAAGGGUACAAUAUCAACAUGCUGAUUGAAUGGAAUCAAAUUAAAUUUAAAAAUCUGAGACAGAGACCUUUAAGCACUUUUGUAUUGUUUUAUUCCAUGCCUUUUCACCCAACAUUAAAGAAAAUGCCAACAAAUGCAGAAAUCAGGGGUUCCCAACCUGUGGUCCUCCAGAUGUUGCUGAACUACAAUUCCCAUCAUCCCUAGCCACAAUAAAUUGAACCUGGGAUUAUGGGAGUUGUAGUUCAGCAACAUCUGGAGAACCACAGGUUGGGAACCCUUGCAUCAGUAGAUUAUUGUUGGAGGUGCACUGCUUCUAGAAUGGCUAUAUGCACACUUAAAGGAGCUAUAAGAAAAUAGAUAUAUAUUAGAACAUCGUCACUGAGAUUAUACAAACAACAGGAUCUAAACUGCCACAAAGAUCAAACAAAUCUCUCUUUAGGUUAUUUACAAAGUGUUAUAAAUUUAAAAUGUUUAGAAUUGUUAUUUAAUUUAUUAAUAGCAACCAAAAGACAUAGCACAAAAACUGAAACAUCCAGAACCACCAUAUACUCACUUAGAGUAUAGAUUAAUAUCAAAGGUAGCAGAAAUAAUAAAACUCAUAUACCUAGCACAAACCCAAAAAAGAAGACCAAGGAAUAGUGGCUGACAUACUGCACAAGGGUAUGUCAGCCCAGUAGUGUUGCAUAUGCACAAAUUGCAGAAAUAACAUUACAGAAAUUGUACAGAUGUUGUAAGCUCAUUAUUGCCAGUGGGCUUACUCUUGUGUAACAUCAUCUGCCCAGUUUUUGCAUUUGGUCAGUUUGUUUGUGAAUAACAUUAGUUACUGGGCUGAUGCACCCUUGUGCAGUAUAUUUUCGGAUUACUGUUCCUGAUUUGUUUUAUAAUGAAACCAAUGAAGAAAAUGUUGGUUUUCUUGUAUUUGAAGGACACAUAACUGACAUAUUCCAUGGCAUGUUUGAGUCUGUGAUAGUUGCAAUAAAAAUAUUAAUGCAAAAGUA